CAAAGAAUACAAUACUCGAGCUCCGAUCUUAAACUCCUUGUAGGGAUGCAUUUCAAUGUUUAGGUAAAGUUCAUCUAGGAGGAAUUUAUACAGUUAUAGUGGCCUCGAAGAUGAUGUUAGGGGGCACUCCUUUCUUCCAGAACAACAACCCACAAGGCUUUCGGAUGGAUGAAGGAGUAGAAGACUCGAUCCUUUCAUCGUCGGCCUGUCCGAACCCCGGUGCUGGUAUCCACUCCCAAACUCUCUGGUACAAUCUUUCAGUCCUCAGGGACAAGGUCCAACAGGUGCAGUCCCUUGUGAGCCUGGUGGUCUCCCCUGAUCCAAUCCAACAGGAGUCCCUAGCUUUGGCAGCCUCUGGUGCUGCAGCUAUAAUUCAGGAGAUCAUCGUUGCGGCCUCCUCGAUGAUGUAUGCCUUGCAGCAUUCGGCAGCUGGUGAUAUCUCCCACCCACAUGACAUGAAGACUUCCUACGAGGGCUCAGCUCAGUCAAAGGGUACUCCAGAUCAUAUAGAUCGUGUCUUUAACGAGUUAGAAGGUGGCAGGAUGGGCAUCUUGGGUGCUGCAACUCAUCACGGUACCAAUUCUGUUACUCCUAUUGCCAGCGCUGAAGUUGACAAUGGUCACAGAAAUAAAGAUAAUAGCAAGAAGCCAGGAUCUCCUUCAUCAAAUGUAAUCGAAUUAGAUACUGCUGAUUUGUUGGCCAAGUACACACACUACUGCCAAGUUUGUGGGAAGGGAUUUAAGCGUGAUGCGAACCUAAGGAUGCACAUGAGGGCCCAUGGAGAUGAGUACAAGACAAAUGCAGCCCUUUGUAACCCCAUGAAGGGCAGCCGUGGCAGCAUUAUGGGGCAGAAGGACGACCCUCCGUUUGGCUUGCCAAGAAAGUAUUCAUGCCCUCAGGAAGGGUGUCGAUGGAACAAGAACCAUGCCAAGUUCCAGCCUCUCAAGUCAGUGAUAUGUGUCAAGAACCACUACAAGAGGAGCCACUGCCCGAAGAUGUAUGUGUGCAACCGGUGCAACCAGAAGACAUUCUCGGUGCUGUCGGAUUUGAGAACGCACGAGAAGCACUGCGGGGAUCUCAAGUGGAUGUGUUCAUGCGGGACGACCUUCUCCAGAAAGGAUAAACUCAUGGGACAUGUAGCAUUAUUUGUUGGGCACACUCCGAUCUGAAUUGCUUCAUGAAGCCAGGGAAUUAUAUUUGGGGUACCAAGGAUGCGAGUUCAAAAGUAUGGGAGGUGGACAAAAAACCAGUGAAGUUUAGAGAAAGGUAAUAUGUAGAAUAACAUAUGUUUGUCAUGACAUUGUGCAUUAAAUUAUGGAUAAUAAGCUUUGAGAGAUUUUACAGAGAUGGGUUGACUUUCGUAUGUAUGCUAGAUUCUAUUUUGACUAUGAAGCAAUCAGAGUUUGGAUGUAUUUGAAAUCAUCAUUUCCUGUAAAUUAUGUUAUUCAGGCACAUGUAAUGUUGUGAUGCAUUGAGCAUUGUUUGUUUC